CUGGCACUGGCAGUUGCAAAGCGUCUGCCGACGAGCGCAGAUAUGUCCGUUUCCGUGUCCGUGUCCUGGUCGAGGACACUUGUCGCCCUCACCAUCGCCUGGCUGAGCAUGGUCUGCCUGCUGCCGGUGGAGACCUUCUGCGACACCUCCUACUACGAAAAGUAUUACGCGGCCCGUCGCUACGUGCCCCUCAAGCGGAAUGCGCCGCUCCUCUUCAACUUUACCCUCACGCUGACCGACUCCGACACAGCCCAGCUGGCGGCGCACGAGCGACUCGCUCUGGUCGGCAACCUGGCUGUCCUGGGCAGCUGGCAGGCUAGCGGAGCGCUGCUCCUGAACCGCACGGACAGCCACAAUCAGUGGAGCGGAUCGGUGCAGAUUCCCCAGAACAGCAGCGUGGAGUAUCGCUACUUUGUCGCCGCCGUGGGACGCUCGGGCAGUGUGCAGGUCCGCCGCUGGGAGUCGCAUGUCUUGCCGAGAUCCUUCAACGUCACCAAGCUUCCGGGCAACAGAAGCGACGAGUUUGGCCUCAUCCAUCACGAGCGACAACUGACGCGUGGCUGGCUCCAGGCAUCCGGCACAAUUGUGCAGCUAAAAGUGUUCCGCGAUGCGCUGCGCCUGGAGGAGGAUCCCGACUCUGGCCGUGGCUCGUUGCGCCUGCGCGUGCAGCCCGUGGAUCCCGCCAGUCUGUCGCCCAUUCUGAGCUCCGCCCGCGCCAAUGUCGAGUACGUGCGCAUGGCCUUUGCCGAGAGCAAGCUGAGAGUGCAGCCGGAAUACGGAGUGCCGUAUGUGGCCCAGGACAUCCUCAUGUAUCACGCGACCCUGGAUGAGGUCGGGAAGGUGGCCUUCCUGGUGGAGGUCUAUGCAGAGCAGCCGGAGGAGGAUCUGGUGCGGCUUCUGGGCUACGCCCACCUGCAGCCCGCGUCUCUGGCUGGCAGCGAGGGCAGCGUGACCCUCAGCCUGAUCUCCCCACUGUGGCAGCGGGUGGUAGGGGAGCUGCGACUGGAGUAUCUGCUCAUCCGUCCGAUGGCCAGCCACAGCUUUGACAUGCGCACCAGCUUUGCCCACUACUGGCGCGGCAACUGGACGGGCCUGGAGAUCGGGCACCGGGGAUUGGGCAAGAGCCUGACAGUCACCAGCAAUGCGGCGCCUCUCAUCGAGAACACGCUGGCCUCGAUGCUGGCCUCCGUGGAGCUGGGCGCUGAUCUCGUGGAGUUCGAUGUGCAGCUGACCAGCGAUCUGGUGCCCAUCAUCCAUCACGACUGGAGCAUCCACGUGUGCAUCCACCCCAAGACGCCGACGAGUCGCGACGACCUCACCGAGGUGCUGCUGAAGGACAUCACCUACGAGCAGCUGAAGGAGCUGAAGACGUACCAGAUCGUGGGCACCAAGAUCAUCGAGUACCCGGCGCACAACAAUGUCGAGCAGCUGGAGCAGCGCCUCUUCCCCACGCUGCAGGACUUCUUCGAGCGCGUGAACAAGAGCGUGGGCCUGGACAUCGAGGUCAAGUGGCCGCAGGAGAAGCGAAACGGCGACUACGAGAGCGAGCAGACAAUCGACAAGAACCUGUUCGUGGACCGCAUUCUGGAGGUGGUGCAGCAGCACGGCUGUGGGCGCCUCAAUCUCCUCAAGAGCUUUGACGUGGACGUGUGCUCCCUGCUGCGCUUCAAGCAGAACAUGUACCCCGUGCUGGUGCUCUCCAGCAGCACGAAUGACUACUACGCGGAUCCACGCACCAGCACCGUAGAGACCAUUAACUUUGCCCAGGCCUUCGACCUCGCUGGCAUCGUGCCGAACACCGUGCCCAUCAAGGCGAAUCCCUCGCUGGUGCAGAGUGCCAAGGAACAGGUGCCGCUGGUCCUGGUGUGGGGCGCUGACCUCAAGGAUCGCUCCUCCAUUGACACGUUCAUUCAGAUGGGACUCACGGCCGUCAUCUACGACCGCAUGGACCUCUGGCUGAGGUCCAAUCAGACGAGUGCCUUCGAGUCGGAGGAGGAUCUGCCCGACUUCUUCCAGCUGCAAUGCGAGCCGGCGCCCGAGAAGCGUGUGGUUAACGCCACCAUCGAGAGCAUCCUGAGCAACGUUAACUUCCUGUAGUGCUCCCCUUACACUUACUUAUUUGCAUAUUUACGUCAGUCAAUAAAAACGAGCUAGAAAAGAA